AUGUUCAGUCGGCUAUUACCACGGACAGCUACUCGCAGUGCGCUGCAAGCGCAGAACCAAGCCCCUCACAUCCUCCGCUCCUCGCCCAUCACAUGCCUGCUGUCAGACCGGAUAUCGCAAAGAAGAGGAUAUGCGACACCUGCUGAGGAGAAAGACUUAGUAAUCAUUGGUGGCGGCGUUGCAGGCUAUGUGGCCGCCAUCAAGGCCGGCCAGGAAGGCCUGAAGGUCGCCUGCAUAGAAAAGCGCGGCUCCCUCGGCGGCACAUGUCUGAACGUGGGCUGCAUCCCCUCAAAAUCUCUCCUCAACAACUCCCACCUCUACCACCAGAUUCUCCACGACACCAAGAACCGCGGCAUCGAAGUUGGCGACGUCAAGCUGAACCUUGAGCAGAUGAUGAAGGCAAAGGAGACGUCGGUUAAUGGCUUGACAAAAGGCAUUGAGUUUCUGUUCAAGAAGAACAAUGUAGAGUACAUCAAGGGCACUGGCGCGUUCGCAGACGAGCACACAGUCAAGGUCAACCUCGUAGACGGCGGCGAGACGAGCGUGAGGGGUAAGAACAUUUUUAUCGCGACAGGUUCGGAGAGCACACCGUUCCCCGGCUUGACCAUCGACGAGAAGAAGGUCAUCACAUCCACCGGAGCGAUCGCGUUGAAGCAGGUCCCGAAGAAAAUGGUCGUGAUCGGUGGCGGCAUCAUCGGGCUCGAGAUGGGCUCGGUGUGGAGCCGAUUGGGCGCUGAAGUGACGGUGGUGGAAUUCUUGGGUCAAAUUGGUGGACCGGGCAUGGAUGCCGAGAUCAGCAAGAACAUCCAAAAGACGCUGGCAAAGCAGGGCAUGAAGUUCAUGCUCAACACGAAAGUCACCCAAGGCGACGAUAGCGGGGAGAUUGUGAAGCUGGACGUCGAGGCUGCGAAAGGCGGAAAGGCACAGACGCUCGAAGCAGACGUAGUCCUAGUAGCCAUCGGCCGCCGCCCAUACACCUCCGGCCUUGGCCUGGAAACCAUCGGCCUAGAAACCGACAAUAAGGGCCGUCUAGUGAUCGACAGCGAAUACCGCACCAAGAUCCCCCACAUUCGCGUCAUAGGCGACUGCACCUUCGGGCCCAUGCUCGCCCACAAGGCGGAAGAAGAAGGCGUUGCCGCUGUUGAGUUCCUGACGAAAUCUUACGGACACGUGAACUACGGCGCCAUUCCAUCAGUGAUGUAUACGCACCCUGAAGUCGCAUGGGUCGGUCAGAAUGAAGCUGAGUUAAAGGAGGCGGGGGUGAAGUACAAAGUCGGCACUUUCCCUUUCUCGGCUAACUCGAGAGCGAAGACGAACCUGGAUACGGAUGGAAUGGUCAAGUUCCUUGCGGACGCGGAGACGGAUCGGAUUUUGGGGGUGCAUAUUGUCGGACCUAACGCGGGAGAGAUGAUUGCGGAGGGGACAUUGGCGUUGGAGUAUGGUGCGUCGACGGAAGAUGUCGGAAGGACGAGCCAUGCGCAUCCUACGCUUGCGGAGGCGUUCAAGGAGGCUGCUAUGGCUACUUAUUCGAAGGCUAUUCACUACUAGAUCAAGGAUGAGUGAAGGAGGGUGUUGAAGAGGGGGACGUGAGGGAAAGCGUGUGGAAGAUGGGGUGAUGGGUUUGUGGGGAUACACUGGGAUUUCUUUGCAUUGUUUGCGGUGUGUCUGCGUAUCGGGCUUGUCUAUACCACUUGCUUGAAGCACGCUACCUCUCUGUAACAUACUGCUCUAGCAUGGAGUUACAGCGGGUUCAGCAGUAGCGUUCACCUUCCAUCUGGCGGAGCGUCCAUGUGAAGCGCCGGUGACUGAUCCGCAAUCCAUUGAACCACCGGACUUGUCG